AUGAACGAGUAUCCAGGAUUGGACCGGGUAUUUCUAUGGGAGUGGGCUGCCCAGUUUUCUUCACAGCGGCAGCGGCGUCUCCCAUUGCCCUCUGCGAAUACCGUCACGACCAGCAGAGCAGGCGAGACACGCUCGUCCAUCGCCAACGGAGCUCAGCCCGCCUCAGGCCAACCUCCAUCCGCCGAGCCGGAACAAACGUCGUUCCUGAACGAGAAGGAUGGGGCUCCCUACCAGGCGCAUGGACGAAACCAUAUCCACUAUUCCGUCGAGUGGAGGGUGGAGCUCGAUACCAAGAUCCUCGCCACCCAGUCCGAGUCUAACGUGGCCGUCUCUCCCAGCUGCUACUGGCGCCAUGUUCUGAAAGGCCGGUUCGAGCAAGCGGUGCGCCGAGCGUUUGUCGGAGACCGACAGCCGCGACACGAGCAUACCACGGUCGUCGUCUCUGUCACGGACCCUGCGCAAGGAGACCUCACAAAGAGGUAUGCCGGGCUCGAGAUCGACUGGGCCGCCGCAGACAACCAUCUGCUCGACUGGAGUUCAUACUUCCGCAGAGGCAAUGCUCUUCGUGUCACCCUGACGUUCCAGUUCGUGGCACCAAAUCCCCCAGCAGUCCAACGCUCUGUCACGCCACGGGGUGACGGAGGAAGACAUGUAUCAGCUAGCGGUCGCAUGCCUGUACCACGGAGACAGGAGAGUGCCAUGGCACAAGAACAGCAGGGACGACCGCCCUUCCUGUAUGAUCUGUGCGUGUUUAUGCGCUGCCCGACAUCUUGUUUACUGGGCCCGUACUGCUGGGUGAACUCAAAAGGGGUUCAUCACAGGAUGACUCCGGAGUGCUUCAAACUGCUCGAAGCCCAUGUUACCCACUACGGAAUGCCGGCCUCGCACAGCGACAUGCCUCUGGACGUCCAGCGGCAAUUGGUUAUGGACCGUCAAGCACAGGCCUGGAAUGCGGUGCCAGGUAUGCCCGUCCAAAUUGGCAACGUGUCGCCUGGUCGGCGUCCACAGGCACAACUCAUGGGGGUCUACGUCGGACAAGACUACACAACUCUUCGUCGUCAGUCUGACGGCGCUCUACCCACACAGAGGGAUUUGACGCGUCUCCGGGAUGAUCCAUCAAUGCUCCGUCGUCAGUCGGACGGCGACGUACCCCAACAGAAGGGUCUGACGGGUUUUCAUGAUAAUAUGUCAGCUGUUCGUCGUCAGCCGAACAGCACUGGAACACAAGAGACGGAAAUCACGGCUGUUGACAAUGCCGUCGUGCAACCCCAGCAGCCACAUUUGACUACUGCUGACGAUGUCGCGGUCCAACUCCAGCAAACGAAGUUGUCAGGUAAUCACAAUACUGCGGUGCGACCUCAGCCGAUGCAGUCGAUGGCUGUUCACGAUGCCGCAGUGAAACCCCAGCCCUCAGAGCUUACAGGGCCUCACGACGACGAGUUGAGAGACUACGCCACCUGGCAACAGUCGAGGGUUCAGUCGCCCUGGCUCAAAGACGAGUUCGGAAAAGCUUUCGAUGUGGCGGUGAGGAAUGGAUUCACGCUCGACCUCUUGUACGAAAACGCCGAUCCACAUGCCCUCAUCGACGAAGGCGUGUUUGAGGGUGUUGCCUGCUAUUUCUGUCGACGACGGGACAUUGACAGGUUCAGGGAUCGGAAGCGACGUCUCUCGGCGGAUACGGACACGGACACGGACACGGGCAUGGGCGAGGACCAGACUUGA